GAAAAUACUGCAAAAAGAAGUAAAAGAAAUUCUAUAAGUGCUUAUACGUGUUGUGACAGUUUCGUUACUUAUUAUGGGAACACUGGAUGAUUGUGUUUAAAUUGUGCAAUUAACAUUCGUCAAAACAUUAUGUAAUUAAAGGAAAGAUUCUUUGCAAUUAUAAGUGAAUCUAGUGUUAUAGUUCGAUAGUUUUGAUAAAACAAAAACUUCGAGGGAAUUAUCCUGUUGAUGAAACUUAAGAAUCGGUAAAAAUGCAACAGCAACAUGAUCAACGGCACGAUAUUACCGCCGAUUGUUGUUAUCAGCAAUGGGCUUCUCAUCAUCAGAGUCAUCAUGCUCAACCUAUAACGAAUGUACCGUCCCCAAUGCAACAAAUGGAAGCAUGUUUGCAAUCAGCGGGAAGAGUAAAACGAUCCCGCAGCCCAACUUCAUCGAAGGCAUCCCUAACUCCGCACGUCACGAAUUCAUCGAUUUCUUCAUCGACUGCUGUCCAAUCCCGCAAUGAUAGCAACAAUAACAAUCAUAAUCACAGCGAUCAUCAUCCAAGCGAGAAUGGCGCAAAUUCGACGGAAGAAGUUAGCUCGAAGAGGCCUCUUCAUCCUGCUCUCGUUGGUGCUGGAGCUGCAUUAGAAGCAAAACCCCUUUGGGAAGAAUUUCAUCAACUGGGAACGGAAAUGAUAGUCACUAAAGCUGGAAGAAGAAUGUUUCCUACUUUUCAGUGUCGAUUUUUCGGUUUGGACCCCACUACCGACUACCUUCUAGUGAUGGAUUUCGUACCUUGCGAUGACAAGAGGUACAGAUACGCUUUUCACAGUAGCGCUUGGGUAGUUGCUGGUCGUGCGGACCCAGUCUCACCCCCCAGGAUUCACGUACAUCCUGACAGUCCUGCGAGUGGAGCUCACUGGAUGAAGCAACCAGUUUCCUUCGACAAACUGAAACUGACUAACAAUCAACUCGACGACAACGGACAUAUAAUCCUGAACUCGAUGCAUAGAUAUCAGCCACGAUGCCACGUAGUGGUUGCACCAUCGCCGCCGGGUUCCGCUCCCGAUCCUCGCACGGAGAAUUUCAAAACUUUCACCUUUCCGGAAACGCGAUUCACUGCGGUCACAGCUUAUCAAAAUCAUCGUAUCACGCAACUCAAAAUUGCUAGCAAUCCAUUUGCGAAAGGUUUUCGUGACUGUGAAUCGGAUGAGUGUGACUCUGUCGCAGUUUCAAGCAUACAGAAUCCUGCAAAGAGACCUGCAACAGGAAGUGCCAGCGUUUUGACAUCCAACUACGUAAACACGAUACCCACCGUGCAAAUUCCAAGCAUAUCGAGCCAAGAACAUCAUCAAUUUUACGGUGCGACCGCAGCAGGACCUUGGACUUAUCCUGGACACCAUGGACAACCAACUGCACACAUGAAUUCGGUUCACUAUCCUGCGCAUCCUCAUCAUCCCCAUACUGGACCCUCAUUGUAUGGACCGCGAUAAUUCGGAUCUCUAUUUUCUCGGGAAUUCAUAAAAGUUUCGGUGGAACUGUGAACAAUUGUGAUUGUGAUUCAAAGUAGAUUUUUAUACGAUAAAUGCUUACUGCUAAAUCGCUCGAUGAAAGUAUCUAUAAGGUGAAGAAGAUAAAAUUAUUUAAUUAAAACUAGAAUAGCCAAAGAUGAUGCUUUGGUUUUAAUCGAGUGCCAAAGUUUUAUCAUAAUACGUCGCGUGAUAGAAAAUAAGUAUUACGCGAAGUAUAAGCUUAACAAAUUAUGCCUUAAUAGAGAAAUAAUAACGAGAAACAUUUAUCAAAGUUAUACCAAAGAUAAUGUUGAUUAGAUUUAAGUACAUAAUAUACAGUUACUUAAAUUAUAUGUAGUGUAACUUUGUAGAUAAGAAGAUAUAAAGAACAAUUGUAAAUUGAGAGUAAUGAUACGAUCGAUAAUGGCAUACUUCUCGUGACGCAAGGUCCCUAAGUAAAUGAUUAUUAUUUUCAUGAACGUACUUACCUAUUUAUUUAAAAAUACUUAAUAUUUAAUUAUUCGUAUAUGUAAAAUACUAGGAUAUUUGUAAGAUUUAUCGAAGAUGCUUACAUUAAAAUGAUGAUUUACUAGAGGAUCUUGCAAAAGUACAAGAGAGAAAAUUAAAGUUCCAUUGGUGUUCACGAUGAUCAAAUCGCGUGAUACAAAUCGGUGGUGUCGUAGGUCCGUAGCGGACUGGUCGAGAAAGAAAGUGCCUUUUGUAGGAGCAAAGUGCAUCUAUUUAUACAGGGUGUCUGAAAUGCCAAACGAGCCUAAAACGCUCUCGAGCCAAGACGGGAAAGUAAACGCACCGUGACAACCCAUGAGAGAGCUUGGCUACUAAGUGCCUUAAUAAAUUAUUCUCCAAG